UAUAAACUAAAUGUGUAUUACUUACCCACAGUAGAAAAGAGGAGAAUAUAUUAUUUUAUAAUUGUGUAUGUUUUUUUUCUCCAAUUUCUAAUAUUGAGCAAAUCACAAUUUCAAAAAGCGCCUGGAAUAGGCUGCCAUUGCUUCAAGAGCCGCUGGCUGCUGGUAGGCUUUCUUGACGUGUACAUUCAUUUUUGCCAACACAUCCUUGUUGUCUUUAAUCUCUGUUUUACCAGCUAAACAGCUGCUCUUAGCGAAAAUGAGUUACCUUUCUAGCUAAUUGGCUAUACGUUCUCUUCCAAUUAGGCAAUCAUGUGUUGAGGUCAAAAUAAUGAAAAACUAUCUACCAAAUCUAUUCAUUUGAAAAUGUUGAUUACUACUCCUUGACAUUAUCAUUCACCUGAUGAUAAGACAAGAUACAGUACGUGAUGUUUUUAAAUCUAUUUUUGCUAACAUGUGAUUGGGGUUCCUUGGUCUCCGGUUUGCCUGGCAGGGGGGUCUCUGGGUAAGAAAAGGUUGAAGACCCCUGCCAAAGACAGUGCAGUCUGUGCCCCUGCCCGAAUAUAAUUUAUUCCCCGCCCCUCAUCCUCUCCGUUUCCAUGGAAGCACCAGUUAUAGCACUUGAUUGGCUUGCAUGGGUAAGCACGUGCUAGGGGAGGCUUCAAAUAUGACAACGGGCCCAGAUGUAAUUAUUGCAGAGUCGAAGCAGUGUGCUUUUGUGAGUUAAUAAAGUGGUUUGUGUUGUUGAUUAGCUAACAUUUACAACAUGGUCGAGGCAUUCGUUGGAACUUGGAAGAUGACUUCCAGCGAGAAUUUUGAUGAAUAUAUGAAGGCAAUAGGUGUGGGCUUUGCUACUCGGCAGAUGGGGAAUAUGGCGAAGCCCAAUUUGCUGUUCAGCAUCGACGACGGUGUAAUAUCAAUGAAAUCCCAGAGCACUUUCAAAACCACAGAGACCAAGUUUAAAUUGAAUGAAGAAUUCGACGAGAUGACUGCAGAUGACAGGAAAACCAAGACUCUGGUGACUUUUGAGAACGGAAAACUGGUGCAAAAACAGACUUGGGACGGCAAGACUACCACGCUCGAGCGGGAGUUGCAAGAUGGAAAAUUGAUUGCGAAAUGUGUAAUGGAUGACGUGGUGGCGCUAAGGACCUAUGAGAAAGAGGUGUGAAUCCAGUCUGCUGAAUUGAAGACCUCCACCAGCAAAUCAAAAACAUGCAUAUUAUCUGUUCAAUACCUACCAUGUUAAAUUCACUGACGACUCAAUUGUUACCAAAAUCCCAUGAAGCUUUCAAUAAAGUCAAUUGUUGUGCUUUG